AUGUCUCAAUUCAAGUUAAAUGUGGCGACUCGCGCCAAUUUGGCUGAGCUGCUGCCAGUUGUUCUGAUUGCCACGUCCAUCAAUGAGGCUCGCCCUAGCCCUGUGAUCGAGAUCAACUAUGAAGAUACUGCCCUAAUCCCCGAUGGCGACAAGGCAGUCCUGCAGUUGGUUUCUGUCUCCAAGUCGUUCUUCGGCACUGGCAAUGCCAUCAAAGAACUUUAUGCUCAUUUCCCUUUCCUGGCUGGCAGGGACUCCAAGGUGGAGGAUGAAUGGAUUUCUCAGCUCGACUCUUUCACCCCGCUGGACUUCAAGGCCCUUGAGCCUGUUCUCCAGCGCCUUGACACCCACCUCAUCCUGCGGUCGUUCGUUGCUGGUUACGCCCUCUCUACCGCUGAUAUCGCGGUCUGGGGUGCCAUCCGCGGAAACCGAGUUGCUGCUGCAGCCCUGAAGCGUGGUACCCUUGUCAACCUGACCCGUUGGUAUAAUUUUCUAAAUGAGCUGUGCCCCUGGACGGCUUCAGCUGUCAACAACCUGACUGCUGCUGCUCGGGAGAAGAAAUCGGCCAAGUCUAGUGCCGGUGCUAGUUACGACAUCGCGCUGAAGAACACUGAAAAUGCGGCCCUUCUGAACGAUUACUUUGCCCAUGAGAAGUACAGUGGCACUCUUUUGCUCCGAUUCGAUGACACCAACCCUUCGAACGAGAAGCAAGAGUUCCAGGAUGCUAUUGUGGAGGAUCUUGCUCUAAUGGGAAUCAAGCCUAACAAGGUCUCUUACACCAGUGACUACUUUGCUGAGCUUUAUGACUACUGCGUCACCAUGAUUAAGACCGGCAAGGCUUACGCCGACGAUACCGAUAAGGAGACCAUGGCUGCUCAGCGCUGGGAUGGUAUUCCUAGCGCGCGUCGCGAACUUACACCUGAGGAGUCACUAGCUCACUUGGAGGAUAUGAAGAAGGGCACCCCCGAGGGUCUCCGGUGGUGCAUUCGUGCUAAGAUCUCCGCCGAUGACAAGAACAAGGCCAUGCGUGAUCCCCAUGGAGGAGUGACCCACGCUCUUCGCACCAUCGAGUACCGUGACCGCAACCCACAAUACGAGUGGAUGCUGAAUGCCCUCAACCUGCGCUACGUACAGGUUUGGGACUUCGCCCGCAUGAACUUCGUCCGCACUCUGCUCUCUAAGCGUAAGCUGACAAAGCUUGUGGAGAGCGGCGUUGUGUGGGGAUGGGACGACCCUCGAUUCCCCACUAUCCGUGGAAUUCGUCGUCGCGGUAUGACCAUUCCUGCCCUCCGAGAGUUCAUCCUCAAGCAGGGACCUUCCAAGGCCGUGACUUUGUUCGAUUGGGCUACUAUCUGGGCCACCAACAAGAAGUACAUCGACCCGGUGGCUCCUCGUCAUACUGCUAUUGUCACGAAGAACGUCGUCAAGGCGAAUGUUCUUGGUGGACCAGAGACCCCUUACACCGAGCAGCGCGCGAAGCACGCCAAGAACGAGGCUGUUGGCAUGAAGACUGUUGCUUUCAGCUCUUCCAUCAUCCUGGAGCAGGAGGAUGCUAAGCUUUUCAAGCAGGAUGAGGAGAUCACCCUUAUGAACUGGGGUAAUGCUAUCGUCCGUAAGAUUUCCACUGACGCCGAGGGUAAUGUGACUGGCCUUGAGCUUGAGCUGCACUUGGCUGGUGAUGUCAAGAAGACCGAGAAGAAGGUCACCUGGCUGUCUGACGCUAAGGAGGGCCCUCAGCUUGUUCCUGUAGAGCUAGUCGACUUUGACUACCUUCUCAAGAAGGACUCUCUUGAGGAGGACGACAAGUUGGAGGAUUUCCUCAACUACAACACUGAGUUCCGCGAUAGCGCCCUUGCCGAUGCCAAUGUGGCCGAGCUGAAGGUCGGAGAUAUCAUCCAGUUUGACCGAAAGGGCUUCUACCGCGUAGAUCAAGCGGCCGCUGCCGGUGUUCCUGCUGUGCUCUUCAACAUCCCGACCGGCAAGGGCCUUGGUGGGCGCUAA